AUGCCCCGCUGCCCAGAGGCGUAUUCAGAAAGUGACCACACUCAAGGAUUUUUUGGCCACGAGUUCUUUCGCUGCCACAAAGGUGCAAGAUGUACGACAAUUCCAGGAUCUGUCUGCGAUGCAGGUCAGCAUUCGGCGACUUUCUGCAGACAUACAUGCGCGGGCAAUAAAAGAGAGUUUGCCGGCUCUCGGCCCCUUCGGGUUGACAAACCCCGAAACUAUAGAUUCAUUGAUCCACGAAUUCGCGAUUUACAGAUCAAGAAAUGGGGGGAUGAAUGGAACGACGCAGGCGGUGACCGGGCCUUUAUUGUUACGUAUUCCAACCCGCAUUCGGCGUGGCUCUUUUUACAUGCUGCGGUGCAAUUGCUUGUCGCUGUUAGUGGACUUGGCAACCACAUUCGCAAGCAGAGGAGGAUCUCGUUCAUGGCUACCGCCGUGGUCUGUGUCCACAUCUUUCUCGACGCGCUUCUGACAAUCGGUUGUUUUGUCAUCCUCUUCGCCAUAAUGCCUGGGCAGGACCGCGUGAUGACGUCCGAGAAGGAAACCAUGCAGCUAUUUGCUUCGAUGGUUUCUGGAUCAGCAAUGGGCAAGAUGCUCAGUGUGGGCGACAUUCUUAUGUUCGGGGGAAAAGAUCGCUUCGAAAAGGCAGAAACGUUCUACCAGACGGAAUUAUUCCCGUUCAUGGCGGGUCAGUUCUUGGAGACUUUGAAAGUGUGGUUCGAUUUCGUUGGAGGGUUGCAUUCUCCUGAUCUCGUCCUCGAGAAGAGCAUUUUUGUGAAGGUGAUGGUCGGCGGUGUUAUCCUCUAUGGUGUUCUGCGAGCCCUCACGACUGCUGGCGGGCAUGUUCUCUUCACGAGUCCCGCGGUGCUCCUGAACGAAGAGCGCGCAGAGCCCGUAUCCCUCGUGUUCCAGAUGGCCGUCAAGACAGCCGCUGUAUCGUCACCCUACAUCAUUGCGGCGAGUAGUUGGAUUGAGUUUCAGGUCGUCAUUGCGACGAUGUUUGGGGUGCUUAUACAGUCCAGGUUCACCUACUAUGCAAUGCUCGGCAUAUACUUCGCCAUCUUCGCCAUGUCCGGCAUCGCUGCCGUCGCGCUUCUGAGACAAGACGAUGGCAUGGCAGGCGACGGAAGAUCAGACGAUUGUGUGGCUGGCGAUAGCCACGGCGAGGAGCUGCAUAAUUUCCCUCUGCAGCAGCGGUGUUGCGCUGGCCACCGGAAACAACACAAACUGACAUUCGACAUCACGGACAGACCCGCUGCGGAUAUGGAACAAGGCGCAGGCCAGGGCUUGUUGGGUCAGCUAGCGCCGAGUUACGGUGGCUGUGAGACUAGAACCUAUUAG